AUGAUUGCCGAUAAUGAGGAGGUCAAAGAUCACGUUACAGGCGUUUCCGAUAAAAAGGUAAAUUCUAACAAACGCAGAGAUAUUCAAGGCCUUAGAGGACUUGCCAUAAUCUAUGUGCUUGCCUUCCAUCUGUACCCUCAGCUGUUUCCUUAUGGCUUCCUUGGCGUUGAUAUAUUCUUUGUUAUUUCUGGCUAUCUUAUCACAAUGACCUUGCUAAGAGAAAAAAGCUUUACCUUAACGAGCUUUUUGGUCUUCUACAAGAGACGUGUGAAACGAAUAUUUCCAGCAUAUUAUUUAAUGCUUUUUUUUGUACUUACGUUUAGCUAUUACCUAUUGGCUGCAGGAGAUUACUUUACUCUACAAGUGGACUCUCUGUGGGCUCUCGGCUUUCUCACAAAUAUACAAGAAUACCUUCAGAAUCAAAACUAUUUUGCUGAAAUGUCCAACUACGACUUUCUUCUACACACUUGGUCGCUGGCAGUUGAAAUCCAGUUUUAUAUAAUCGUCCCGGUUCUUACGAUGCUCUUAUCGAUUCCGUUCGUAGGAAAAAUUCUAUGGUCUUUUUUCUUUGCUGCUUCUUUGUACUGCAACGUAGUAACUUUUGGGCCUCUUCAAAAUACUCCACUGCUUGUUGCUGGAUUGUUCUCUUUAUCACCGAUUGUUUUUGUUUUACCAUUACACACAACCUUCCUUCGCCUCACUUGCACUCUUGGAGCUGCCGCGGUGAUUUACCUUGGGAAUGAGUUCACUGAUAAGUACAUUUUGGGCAAUUCAUAUCUUUAUUUCAUUGGAGAAAUUUCAUAUUCUGUCUAUCUUUAUCACUGGCCGAUUAUUAUGUUUAUGAUGUACAAUACAAGAGACAAUGCGAUGCAAAUUGGAGGUAUUGUAAUAAAGAAUAAUACAUUUCUCUUGAUAUACGUAGUGGUGAAACUUCUGAGAAGUAUUUUUUUAAUAAAUGACUGCUUCAGCACGCAUUAAUA